UAUUUUUUCCUCGUUUUGCUUGCAGUGUAGCUGGUGUUAAGCCAAAACAGAGAAAUUCUGAAAAACCCUAUUCCGCUUUUUGAACCCUGAAAGCUCGAAUCAUGAUGACGAAAGGUCCGAAACGUUUUUCUGUAUCGGACUUCAACUCUGACUCGGCCUUCCGGAAUAAAAGGAUUAUGGCGGGAUCCUCAUUUGACUCUAAUAGGGCAGAGCCUUCUCAAGAGCAAUUGGCAGAUACAGCUCCUUUGGAUGCACAGCGGGCUGCAUCAUCUCGGCAGCAUGUGAGAGCUCUGAAUAACCAAUUUGCAAGUUGGGUACAAACACAACUAAAGAAUCAUCCUGAUGAACUUUGGGAAGAGGGUGUCCAUGACUACCUAGCCCAUGCUUCAAACAUUAUGGAGAAAUUCAGUGAUGUUGUUAACUGGCUUAAAGUAAUUGCUGCAAAAGGAGAGAAUUUGGCAGCAGGAGGAUCUUGUAUGACUUCUGAAAAGAAAAUAGUUCCCGUGUCCACGGAUAGUGAGACGAAAUUAAUUCAGACAAAACCCCUGUUUUCACCAGUUAGUACAACUGCUAGCUUUACAACUUCAUGGAGUUCUGGAGUUUUCUCCAACAGCCAAAGCUCUGCAGGUGCCUUCUCCAACAACCACAGCUCUACUGGAGUAACACCUACCGUCCAAACUUCUGCGGGAGAAUUUUCUAACAGUCAAAGCUCUUCAGGAAUAUUCAGCAGCCAAAGCUCACCAGUCUUCUCGACUAGUCAGAGCUCUGGACUAUUUCCCAAUACUCAAAGUUCUGGAAUGUUUUCCACAAGUCAGAGCACAGGAUCAGAUCAAAAGAAAACUCAAAGCUUUGGAAUGUUUACCAAUAGUCAAAGCUCGGCAGUAUUUUCUGAUAAUCAAAGCUCCAGAGUAUUUUCUAGUAGUCCAAGUUCUGCGGCAUUCUCCAACACUCCCAGUUUUGGGCUUUUCUCCAACAGUCAAAGCUCAGGGUUGUCCUCCAAUACUCAGAGUUCAGCGGCUUUCUCCAACACUCCCAGUUUUGGAUUAUUAUCCAACAGUCAAAGCCCUGGGCUGUCUUCCAACAAUCAGCCCCCUUCCAUGUUUGGAUUUCAAAGUUCAGUUCCUCCAAAGCAAGAUGAAGCUGAUGAUGAAAAUGAAUUGGAGCAACCUGGCAGCCCUUCUGUGGAAAAAUCUGAAGAGAAGGGUGUUGUUGUUGUCCAUGAAGUCAAGUGCAAACUUUAUGUGAAGUCAAGUGAUCCAGCAGAUAAAGAUGCAUGGAAAGAUAAAGGCACGGGGCAGCUAUCUAUUAAAUGCAAAGAGGGUAUCAGCAAGGGUACAAAAGAAUCAAAACCAACAAUCAUUGUCCGAAAUGAUGUGGGAAGAGUGCAGCUUAAUGCUUUGUUAUAUUCUGGCAUUAAGACAAAUGUACAGAAGAAUUCCCUUGUUGCAAUAUUUCAUACUGCGGGCGACAGUGAUGGAAAUGUCGUGGCGCGUACCUUUUUAAUCAGGUUGAAAACAGAGGAGGAUAGAAAUAAACUGGCCACAGCAAUCCAAGAAUAUGCCCCUGCAUCCUGAAAGCCAGUUGAUGUACCGUGAGCUACAACAACGUAAUCGUGUACUACUGGAAAAUAUUUUAAUUCUUCACUCUUAUUUUUUUUUUUUUUAAGAAUUUUGCAAGGGCGGCUUGUUUAGCUGGCUCGUGUUUUUUGAGGCUCUGAAUCGAGCAGGGUCAGUUUUGAUGUUAGACUCAAUAAAAUUAGUGUGUUUAAGAAGCUAGCAACCUUGUAUCACCAAAAUACCUAUCAAAGUUGUUAUUUAUCCACUUUAUCCCAUUUACCUGACAAUUGUUGGAUCAUAUAUGCAUCAAUUUUUCACCGUUUUU